CGCACACGCGUGUGUCACACACAUGUGCCUCUUCCUGCCAUUGGCUCUGCUUCCCCGGAGAACCCUGGUGGUGACAGAGCUGUUAGAGGGGAUGGGUCGACAGAGUGGGGCGUGGCUGGACACCCGGGCAAAGUGUGUGAACACGCCGGGCCGCUGCUCAGCAGGCGCUUUGUGCAGAACGUGGAGUCUCCCGCUUCACCCAGCCUGUGUGUCCGCCGUGCACCGCGUCUGCCUCGUGGACUCAGCCGUCUGUGAAUCGUAUCCCGAGCGGAGGCUGCAUUUCUUGGCUUGCCCUGCCCAGAGCGAGAGGAAUGGCUCUCAGCCAUUUCAAACGCGGACGCUUUUGGACGUUAGCUUUGCUGCACCUUUGGUGACGGUCCUCUAUGAAUUCAUCUGAAAAGGACGUAAAACGGCACUCACUGCAAAUCUGUGCGUUCGUUUUGGUGACAGCCGAUGUCUGAAUCACCAGCUGCCCUGUGUAGGCUCCUCCUGUCGGAAGACUACGUCUACUUCGAGAACUCUUCCAGCAACCCGUACCUGAUCCGGAGGAUCGAGGAGCUCAACAAGACGGCCAGUGGGAACGUGGAGGCCAAGGUGGUGUGCUUCUACCGGCGCCGCGACAUCUCCAGCAGCCUCAUCGCCCUGGCCGACAAGCACGCCACGCUGUCAGUCUGCUAUAAAACCGGAUCGGGGGCCGACACCGGCGAGGAAGGAGAAAUAGAGGAGGAGAUGGAGAACCCGGAGAUGGUGGACCUGCCCGAGAAGCUCAAGCACCAGCUGCGGCAUCGGGAGUUGUUUCUGUCUAGACAGCUGGAGUCCCUGCCCGCCACACACAUCAGAGGGAAGUGCAGCGUCACUUUGCUGAAUGAGACCGAGUCCCUCAAGUCCUACCUGGAGCGGGAGGACUUCUUCUUCUACUCCCUGGUCUACGACCCCCAGCAGAAGACCCUCCUGGCGGACAAGGGGGAGAUCCGGGUGGGGAACCGGUACCAGGCGGACAUCACUGACCUGCUGAAAGAAGGCGAGGAGGAUGGCCGAGACCAGUCCAAGCUGGAGACCAAGGUGUGGGAGGCCCGCAACCCGCUCGUGGACAAGCAGAUCGACCAGUUCCUGGUGGUGGCCCGCUCCGUGGGCACCUUCGCCCGGGCCCUGGACUGCAGUAGUUCUGUCCGGCAGCCCAGCCUGCACAUGAGCGCCGCGGCCGCCUCCCGGGACAUCACCCUGUUCCACGCCAUGGACACGCUGCACAGGAGCGUGUAUGACGUCGCCAAGGCCAUCUCAGCCCUGGUGCCGCAGGGCGGGCCCGUGCUCUGCAGGGAUGAGAUGGAAGAGUGGUCAGCCUCAGAGGCCAGCCUUUUCGAGGAGGCCCUGGAAAAGUACGGGAAGGACUUCACGGACAUUCAGCAAGACUUUCUCCCCUGGAAGUCGCUCACCAGCAUCAUUGAGUACUACUACAUGUGGAAGACCACCGACAGAUACGUGCAGCAGAAACGCUUGAAAGCAGCUGAAGCGGAGAGCAAGUUAAAGCAAGUUUAUAUCCCCAACUAUAACAAACCAAACCCGAACCAGAUCAGCGUCAAUAACGUCAAGGCAGGCGUGGUGAACGGCGCGGGGCCGCCAGGCCAGAGCCCUGGGGCCGGCCGGGCCUGCGAGAGCUGUUACACCACCCAGUCUUACCAGUGGUAUUCUUGGGGUCCCCCUAACAUGCAGUGUCGCCUCUGCGCGUCUUGUUGGACAUAUUGGAAGAAAUAUGGUGGCUUGAAAAUGCCAACCCGGUUAGAUGGAGAGAGGCCGGGACCCAAUCGCAGUAACAUGAGCCCCCACGGCAUCCCAGCGCGGAGCAGCGGGAGCCCCAAGUUCGCCAUGAAGACGAGACAGGCCUUCUACCUGCACACCACCAAGCUCACGCGCAUCGCCCGGCGCCUGUGCCGCGAGAUCUUACGCCCCUGGCACGCCGCCCGCCACCCCUACAUGCCCAUCAACAGCGCGGCCAUCAAGGCCGAGUGCACGGCUCGGCUGCCGGAAGCCUCCCAGAGCCCGCUGGUGCUCAAGCAGGCCACGCGGAAGCCCUUGGAGGCCGUGCUGCGGUUCCUCGAGACGCACCCCCGCCCCCCCAAGCCUGACCCAGUGAAGAGUGUGUCCGGCGUGCUCAGCGGCCUGACCCCCGCCAAGUCGGCCCCCGUCAUCAACAAUGGCUCCCCCACCAUCCUGGGCAAGCGGAGCUACGAGCAGCACAAUGGGGUCGACGGCAACGUGAAGAAGCGCCUCUUGAUGCCCAGUAGGGGCACCUACCUGGGUUUGGCAAAUCACGGACAGACCAGGCACAUGGGACCAAGCCGGAACCUCCUGCUCAACGGGAAGGCGUACCCCACCAAGGUGCGCCUCAUCCGGGGGGGCUCGCUGCCCCCCGUCAAGCGGCGGCGGAUGAACUGGAUCGACGCCCCCGACGACGUGUUCUACAUGGCCACCGAGGAGACCAGGAAGAUCCGCAAGCUGCUCUCGUCCUCCGAGACCAAGCGCGCGGCCCGCAGGCCCUACAAGCCCAUCGCCCUGCGCCCGAGCCAGGCCCUGCCUCUGCGGCCGCCCCCACCCGCGCCCGUCAACGACGAGCCCAUCGUCAUCGAGGACUAGGCCGCCCGCGCGGCCCUCUGACUGCAGACCACGCCCGCCCGCCGCCCACCGCCCGGAUUUGGUAGUGCCCUGCCCGCCCUCCCCCGCAGAGAAACUGCCCCUCGGCCACGCGGGGAGAAGCGCCCGACUUACUCCAGACCCGCCGGGGAGUCGUUUUUUUAGCUUUGUGUUUACUUUUUGGCCAGAGCGGAGCUGAGGAGCCGCCCGAGUGCCUGCCCCGCACGCGGGCUCAAGGGCCGGCCAGGAGUUUUGUUGUUUCUGUUGAAGGUGCCAUUUUAAAUUUUAUUUUUAUUACUUUUUUGUAGAUGAACUUAAGCUCUGUAACUUACACCUGGAAUGUUAGGAUCGGCGUGGCCAGCGGCCGGCCGAGCUGCCUGGUGGGGUUGGCCCCUUGUCUUUUCAAGUAAUUUUCAUAUUAAAAAAAACAAAGAAAAAAAAACUUAUAAAAACAAAAAUCCAACUA